AUGAGCUCUCAGAUCCGUCAAAAUUAUUCCGCCGAAGCAGAAGCUGGCGUCAACCGUCUGGUUAACCUGCACCUGCGGGCCUCUUAUACCUUCCUUUCUCUGGGUUUUUAUUUUGACCACGAUGAUGUGGCCUUGGAAGGCGUGGGGCACUUCUUCCACGAGUUGGCGAGUGAGAAGCGGGAGGGUGCCGAGCGGCUCUUGAAGUUGCAAAACCAGCGCAGCGGGCGAGUCCUCUUCCAAGAUAUCCAGAAGCCAUCCCAGGAUGAGUGGGGUCAAACCCUGGAUGCCAUGCAAGCAGCGCUGGCCUUGGAGAAGAACCUAAACCAGGCCCUUCUGGAUCUGCAAGCCGUGGGUUCCGCCCACACUGACCCCCAUCUCUGUGACUUUCUGGAGAAUCACUUCCUGGACGAGGAAGUGAAACUGCUGAAGAAGAUGGGGCCGCAUGCCCAAGGGCCCAACCAGUAUAGCCUCUGCCUUGGGGCCUGUUACUUGGAGGCGUGUCAGAAGCUAUUGUGGGAGUCCUCUGCUUUGCCUGGUCUUAUCUUGAGCCUGCACCGCUUCUGGUCCUGUGUCUGCCGGAGGCGGCAGGUCCCUCUGCUCCUCCCCAACCGGCAUAGUCUCCGCCUUGGGGCCUGUUACCUGGAGGCGUGUCAGAAGCUAUUGUGGGAGUCCUCUGCUUUGCCUGGUCUGGGCUUGAGCCUGCGCGGCUUCUGGUCCUGCGUCUGCCAGAGGCGGCAGGUCCCUCGAGGCAGCAUAUUAAUUAUAGUGUUGUACAAUUAG